UAAACCCAGACUUAACCUAUUUUAAAAGUUGUAGAUAUAGUUGUAGAUUUGCAGAAAAAACAAAUAUUUUUCUUAGCUUUGUAAAUAAAUAAUGCCAGAAUGUACUAUUGAAGACUUAUCUACGGAAAUUUUAAUUUCAAUAUUCAGUUUUUUGAGUUUAAAAGAUAUAUCGCGCUUAAGGUGUACAUGUAGGAGGCUUCGAGAUGUUAUAAAUUGUUGGGAUCAUGUAUUUUUUAAAACUACCACCAUUGUUAGUAAUCAAAAUAGCGGAGUAUUUAUCAGGAGAUGUUAUUCGAUAGUCCCAUCAAAAAUAGAAAAACUAAGAUUGCAGCAUAACUGGAAACAUGGUAUAUACAAUGAGAGAUCAGUAUGUACCUUUAAAAGGAAAUAUAGGCCUUGGUUGGAAAUUGACAAAGAGAAUGUGUGGCUUAGUAAAGGUUCACACUUAUUUAAUUAUAAACGCAGUAGUAAAAGCAUAAUGAAGGUGGCACCAAAUUUAGUUAUAAAUACAAAAUGUUAUUAUGAACCUUCACGCCAAAAACACUAUAUAGACAUAACAAGAUUUACCAUUAAUAAGAACUUAAUUGUGGGAGGUUUAAGUAAUGGUGGUAUUUUUCUGCAAAAUGCAUUGGAUAAAUCUAGUUAUUAUGUUACUAUGGACGAAGAUACAUUUACAUCUUCAGUUGAUAUAACAAAAGAUCAACAUAUAGUUGCUGGUGGAAUGAGGAAUGAUUGUUUCCAAAUUUUUUCUGUUCAUCAGGAUUCAUUAGCUUUAACCUUAAUACAUACUCAAGAGUUGGAUAAUCGUGUGUGGUGUGUUUCAUUCUGCAAUGAGAAAUCUUUGUUUGCGUGUGGCACAUCUCACUACUUUACAAUGAAGAAGGUUACAAAUUCUAUAUAUGUUUAUGAUACGGAAAGUUUCUCAGAAGCGGUAAGCCUGAAAUUAAAAUCUGAUGAUAUAAUAUCUUCAACCCAUGAUAUUAAAUGGGAUGGUCCAAAUGGUCUUUGGUCAUGUGGAAACGACAGUUACAUACGCAGAUGGGACCUAAGAACUGGCCAGUGUGAGCAGAAAUUCUUUGAUGUGUUUGGAUACAGUUUAUACUGUUUAGACUACGAUUAUUAUAAUACUAUAAUGGUAGGAGCCUAUAUGCAUGGAAGAGUCAGUUUAUGGGAUUCUAGAGCAGGAAAAUGCCUCCAAUUUUAUUUCAUGCGAGAUGGCAAAGGAAAUAACAUUAAGUCACCAGUUUAUAGUUUGUCUUUUGAUUCGCAGUAUCUUUUUGCAGGUCUGGACCAAGGUUUAAAUAUAUUAGAUUUUAGUGUUUAUCGAGGUGAGAAAAGAGAUUAUACAGACGUAUUUCGUCAUUAAAUAAAUUUAUCCUUUAUA